AUGCCGUGAUUGUUUACAUAAGGGCACAUGCGACUGAUUGGAGCUUACAGUUCAUCGAUCAUAUGGUUAUAUCACUUUUGACAGCACCGCCAAAAGAGACCUGGGUUUGUCCAAGGACUUCUGGUAAGGAGCUGUACAUCUGAAAGACACUGGAGAAAGCAGCAGAAACGUCUGCGCUUGAGUGAGACCAGGAAAACUACCCUCUAUCUCCACUGCUGUGAUUCCUUCGUCAUAUUUUAGCGAUUCUACUACCUUCACCCGAACUUUUGUGAAGUGAUUGCUGACAACACAGAGUUCCUUGCUGUUCUCGUCUGCUUAAAGGGAUAUCUUUCCAGGUGUGCAAUGGAGAACUGAUAUCGAAGUGGAAUUGUCUUGAAUCAAAAUGUCCAAGCCAAUGGAUCACGUAAAGCGACCUAUGAACGCAUUUAUGGUGUGGUCCAGAGCGCAGCGACGAAAAAUGGCACAAGAGAACCCGAAAAUGCACAACUCCGAAAUCAGCAAAAGACUAGGUGCGGAAUGGAAACUUCUUACCGAGGCUGAGAAAAGGCCGUUCAUUGACGAGGCGAAACGUCUCAGAGCCAUGCAUAUGAAGGAACAUCCUGACUAUAAAUACAGACCACGGCGGAAGCCAAAGACAUUAAUGAAAAAAGACAAGUUUGCUUUCCCGAUGCCCUACACCUUAGGGGAUCACGAAUCGCUAAAAAUGAACGGGUUACCUUGUGGAACGCUCUCGGAGUCUUUAAUUGGGCAUCCGGACAAAGCAGCAGCAGCGGCCGCGGCUGCAGCAGCCAGAGUCUUCUUUAACCCUUCUAUAUCUACGAACCCGUACUCAUUUUUUGACCUUGGGUCGAAGAUGGCAGAAAUAUCGUCACCGUCAUUUCCAUACGCAUCCCCACUGGGGUACCCAAGUGGCACAACUGCCUUCUCCGGGACAGGGGCUGUCGGGAGCGGGACCCAUACGCACACUCAUUCGCACCCGUCUCCUGGAAACCCUGGCUACAUGAUACCAUGUAACUGUGCCGGCUGGCCUUCGGCAGGUGUCCAACCACCACUGGCCUAUAUUCUGCUUCCAGGAAUGGGUAAACCCCCGCUUGAACCUUACCCUGCCUACGCAGCGGCGUUAUGAUGCUUUGGACUGAACGGAAAUUUUUAUGUAUAAAGACAAUAUGUGCAAGUUUUAUUAAACGCAUGCACAUAUGUUUACAUGCGAUACAAGUCACGCCGUUUCAGGUUUAUCACAUGUUACGUGUAUAAAUGAAUGGCUUCAUACAAGGAAAUGUUUUCGUUGUUGUUAUGGAGAACUCUUUAAAACAGUACUUACAGCCGUUAAUACCACAAUACCCAAAGGGAAUUAUGAAUUGAUGGAUAAAGCGCUGAACCGUUAUGUAUAUUUCAUGUCCAUGAGUUUUUAAAAACUGUAUUUAUUAUUUUAUUUUUAUUUGGCUAUUACUUUUGGGCAGCAGAAGGUUCUCAAAUAAAAAUACAGUUAACUACAAUAACAGCAGUAUGACAUGGCACCUUAUUAGGUUCCAACCUGUUGCAAAAACACCUGAUAGAUAUAUUUGUUAGAACGGGGUAAUACUCGGCGCACGCAGGGGAAAGAUUAGUUAAUAUCAUUCACUUCUGAUUUAAAAAGAUAAUUGCGAUAAUUUCAAACAAUUGUUAGUGAGUAGCCACAACUGGGUAAGUUAUACUGUCUGAAAGCAACGUAGCUCCCAUCUCAAGGAUACGCCGGUAUUGCUAAAAACGUGCAUAUGUGUCCAGAUGAAUGAAGUCGAUGGAUUAACCGGAGAUUUAUCGCGUUUGUUUGACAAUACAUCCAGUGUAUAUUCUGAGCUUUUAAACGCUGUUUUACAGAUAUGUCAUAUUUAUUGUUUAGUGCAAGAAUUACUGUGGUCUGAUUGACGAGAGGGCUGAGUUUGUCCCAUAACAUUUGCACAAUAAACUUGGAAGUGCUUAUAGGGGGUAAAGAUUAAAUCUUUGCUUUCAAAGAAACGCAUUCUUUUAAACAAUCAAGUCUUUGUGCGUAGGCCUACAUUCAGUGCAGAUGCGUGAAACUGCUGAAAUGCACCGACAAUUGUACUCUAUAUGAUGACUGAUUGGCGUCCAUGUGCUCGUUUUUACUAACUCCUUAUGAAGUUGUAUGGUUUGUGUUUUAUUUAACAACAGUUACGUUCAUGUAUAGUAGACAUAUAAAUGCUACUCUGCUCAUUUGUUGAACAACGCCUUAUAAUAAAGUGUAUGCGGACAAAUAGAGGACAAAAA